AUGGGUCUCGUUAGUUUGAAUUUUGGUUGGCAUGAUGYGAGUAAUACUUGUGAAGAUGCACUCAAACGCUCUACCAAUCUAUGCCAACGAUGGAAGCAAGAUGGAUUGUGUGGAGAGGCAAAAGUAAGAGCCUUCUGUUCAGAAUCCUGUAAUCUCUGCCAAAAUGAAGGAACUUCUGGUGAAAACGAAAACGAUGCUCCCAGCAAAUAUCUUGGUUGUUUCAAUGACGGCGUGAAGUCGGAACUCAAACUGAUGUCCCUUCGUUUUCCGAUCACUGUACGAAGUUGUGUCGGAGCUUGUCGGCUGAACAACUUCAGAUACGCUGGUCUUCGUGCUGGCAAGUACUGCAUGUGUGGCAAUGAUUAUGGGUCGUAUGGUGAGGUGUUGAAGCGAGAUGRAUGCUCAAAGACGUGUGGUGGUAGGGAACCCUGUGGUGGAAGUAUGGAGAAUGCUUUGUACAGAGCA